CAUAACUCCACCCAGCCCUCAAGGCAUAAAAAAAGAAAGCCUCCAAUUGUUCUCAAGGAUAUAUCCUACAACUAUAGACCUACGCAGAAUAUCCAAUAUGCCACGCACACGCUCCUCCAAGUCCACAAAACCACCGUCCAACGAAGCCAACACCACCUCUGACACCACACCCUCACAAAGCACCAGCACCAGCAGCGCACUUCCACCCAGCGUCGCCAACCCCCCGAAACUCUUCGUCCUGCCCAAAUCCGCAUCCCACCACCGCUCCAGAAUCGUCACGCUGGAGAAUCCCGCAAACGGCACACCUUCGCGGUACUUAUUCUGCCCGGACUCGGGCUUCUACGAGUUCACGCGGUUGGCGGCGCCGAAGAGGCAGCCUAGGAGUUGGCUUCUCACGACCGAGAACGAACAUAAUGUGCAGAAGAAUAUGAAGGAGGAGGAGGAGACAGGGGAGGACGAAGGAAGAGGAGAACGAGGAGACGGAGGAUUGGGAUCAGCCUACAUAACGCGAUCACCAGACCUCUUCGUCGCGACCCCCAUCGACACGCUAUUCCUGCUUCUCCCCGCGCUGGCGCCCAAAUCCCCCAAACAGGCGAAACAGCAUUUCCUCAGUUUCGACGACCACAUGGACGCAUUGACGUCCUCGAAUCGGCAUCUGCGAGCGCUGUUGGCGCAACAUCCGUUCCUACGGGCGAAAAUGGAGAAGCGCAUGGCCGCGUGCUGCGACACGGUGGACGCAGGCGAGGAACCCAUGUACCGGCUAUCGACGGAGAAGCUGCUCGUCAUAUUAGUGAAAAAGGCAGAGAGGAUAUGCAAGGCUGGAUUCCCAAAAAGCAUGGAGGACCAGUUCGUCAAGCCCGCGCUCGAGAUGCCCGUCAUGAGUGUCCGGCGCGAGGAGACCAGCAUCAGCAUUGUAUCCACGACGACGACUUCCGCUGCAGACGAACAAGACACAAUUGCGCCCAUCGUUGUAGCAGAAGCAGCGGAAUCGCAAUCCUCGACCACCACCACAACAACAACAACAACAACAACCCCCACAGCAACACCAUCCUCAGACUCGCAAACCACGGCCCUCACAACUCCCGAAGACGAUCCCCCGCCCCUAACCACACCCCCCUCCAUCCCUCCCCUCCUCCGCCUCCGCACAGCAAUCACUUACCUCCUAAACGCCUACAUCCCCCUUACCCUCCACACCCCCCUCCUCGCCCUGCUCUCCUCUUCCCCCAACCUCCCCUCCUUCACCCCCCUAGACACACACCUCGCGACCCUCUCCAAACUCAAAGCCCAAGCCGCCGCCCUGCGCAGCAUAAGCGACAACAUGAGCCGCAAGCGCGGGUAUGACGACGAUGACGAAGAAAAGAUGGCGGAGCGGGAAGAGAAGAAGCGCAAGAGGGAGGAGGAGGAGAGGAGGAGGAAGAGCGAGAGUCGAGGCGUCAGGCAGUUGAAGAAGGUGGAUACGAGCGGGAUGAAGAAGUUGAGUGCGUUUUUUACCAAGGUGCCGGCGAAGAAGUAGGAUGAGAGGGAGGAGGAGGAGUGUGCAGGAUCCUAAGGAUUGGUCAAUGGGUGCGGUUUUUGGAUAUCAUAGCAAGCGGUGAUGCAUUCGCAAGGGCUAUGGCGAUUGGAAUUAGAUGGUGGAGCUCGUAGCACUUUUACUUGGUACAUAUGGAAAUACAUGAUGAA